GUUAGGAUAUUGUUUUAAGCCCAUGUCACCUGUGAUCACAGGUAAAAAGGUGGAUGUUAGGAAAUGGUCCUUUUUACUUUUUGGAGGUGAUUUCCUCCAGUAACACACUUUGUGUAACAUUUCUCUGGCUAUUUUGUUAUUAAACUGUGGUUCUUCUGGGCAGAAGUACAAUCCAGGACUGCUCCUCCAAGACGCUUCAGUGUUUUGUCCUCUCUUUUUUGUGAGAUGCUUCCAAGAGCCCAGUUCUGUCUUCACUUCACUCGGGGAUUUCUUUGAGGUCCAGGGUAUGCCUCUUCCUUUAGGGGCAGUCAGGGCAAAGAGAGGGUACUGGCCUUGACAGAGCCCUUCCUGUGUGCCAGGCACUGCACUGGGGGCUCCCUUGAAUCUUCACAGCUCUAUCAGGGUAGAUCUGAUUAUCCCCAUUUUUUGACAAGCAGACAAACUUGAUGAGAGUAACCAGCUGCCCAAGGUCACCAGACUAUUGAUUAGUAGAGAUGGUAUUCACGUUCAGGGGUGCUGACUCUAGUGGGCAUGAGAGAAAGGGGCAGGCAUCUUGGAUAGAAUUUUUACCACCCAUGUCCAAAUAUGAUGAGCAAAAGACACCUUAAAGUCUGACUCUCAAAGGCAGAUGCUAAGCCAUGGCUGUAGGAAAGCAGUGACUUCAAAUUUCAUGACUUCGGGUUCUGCAACUAACCAUUUCAAUCUUAGGUAAUAAUUGUAACAUCUGUGUGUCACACCAGUGAAAGAAAAGCCGAUCAUAAAGUCUUCCAGCAUUAUUUCAGCCAGAAAGCUGUAAGCAGCUUCAUCUUUGGAUAAGCUCGCUUUAAACCCCUCAUCAAGAAGAGUUUAUAGAAUAGGUACCAGUGGACUUUUCAAAGGCCAAAUGGGUCUAGAUUUGCAUCCUGGUUCUGCAACUCUAGUAACUGACUUUCUGAAACUUUGUGUUCUUAUCAGUGAAAUAGGGUUAAAAAUACUUCCCAGCAAGGUUGUACAUGACAAAGGAAAUGGGUAGAAACUAUCAUAACGCAUCUUACGUUUAUAGAUUUCUAUAGCUCCUGAAACUCAGUAUCUACACGGCUAGAAAUGGUGAAGCCAUGUGCAUGGGUGUCCUCACUCCUGGUUGGCACAAGUAUGUUAACAUGAGGUUUUCUAACCAAAUGAGAGUAUAGGCUUGACUUUCAUAUAAUCUUCUGGUUUGUUUGGCAUAUUUAUGCAUGUCCCGUUUGUAUUUUGGAAACCCUGGUGGCGAAGUGGUUAAGUGCUAUGGCUGCUAACGAAGAGGUCGGCAGUUCGAAUCCACCAGGUGCUCCUUGGAAACUCUAUGGUGCAGUUCUGUGCUGUCCUAUAGGGUCUCUAUGAGUCAGAAUCGACUUGACCGCAGUGAGUCUGUGUGUGUGUGUGUGUGUGUGUGUCUGUAUUUUAGACAGUGGUCUUAGAACACAUUUUUCAGGGAUUAAAACAGGAAUGACCAGACUGUAAGGAAUCGCUGACUCUGCUCCCCAUGUUCUCACAAGCCUCCUCAUUCCCACUACGCAUUCCAAUGAGGGAUUAGUUACUCUGGAAGUUCCAAGGUGAUGUUGGUCACCCUUUACCACUCCAUCUCCGGCAGAAAGGAGCUCUAGAGGGCCCUUCUCAGUGAGCUUGCUUCCUCAGAGGCCUGGAAGCUCAUCUGAACUUUCACAAGACCUACAGAUGACUAACCAUAUAAAGAAGCAGAUGUCUUUGAAAUACAUUGAAACUCUAUCCUAACGUGUAGUUUGGUGCAAUUUGCAUUUAAAACAUUUGUUGUCUUCUUGAUUACACCAGUUCCUCAAAAAGCUGGAAACAAGAUUCUAUGUUAAUUUUUUAUUACUGACAUCAGCUAGAGCCAAGGCAGUUUCAAAAUGUUCCCUUCUGUACCCAGCAGCAGCUGGAAUGCACUGCAAGAGGUACGCUGGCUUGUCUGCACCUAAUACCUUAAAACCCAAAUGUCUAAUAAAGGUUAAUCAGGCCAUGCUUCUUCUCUUUCCUAAAUUUAUAGAAUCUAGAAAGAAUCUGUAGAGAUCACUUAGUCCAACCUCCAACAUAGGAACCAACCUAGGAACCCAUUCACCAACGUUCCUGACAUAUGGUUCCCCAGGCUCUGUUGAACUCCUCCAAGUACAGAGAGCUCAUUACUACACCAGGGAUAGAGUGCUCUUUCCAUUAUUGGAUACUCUAAUUGUUACAAGAUUCUUACAUAUACAGAGAAAAAUCUUCCACCUUCUAAUUUCUAUCUAGGUACUAGUUCUGCCCUCGAGAGGAAGCAAUCUUUGUCUUCCUGGAUGAUGCAAACAGUUAAUGCUCUCAGCUGCUAAUUGAAAGGUUGGAGGUUUGAGUACACCCACAGUUACCUUGGAAGAAAGGCCUGGUGAUCUACUUCCGAAAAAUCAGCCACUGAAAACCCUAUGGAGCACCGAUGGGGUCGCCAUGAGUCGGAGUUGAUUCAGUGGCAACUGUCCCCAAAGAAGAGACCCAAAUCCACAAAACGGCGAUUUCAGAGUUACCAAGAAGGUGAGCAGCAGCAGGGCUGGAGAGCCGUGCCCGUGGCCUCAGAAUGCCGCUGACCCUCUGCCUCCUGCUGAUGCUUCCAGGGGCCACGGCCAUCGCCACCCUGCCCCUGGGGGACAGCCUCCCUGGCACAGACAGUGGGCAUCUACAGGAAGUGGUGGAAAUAAAGAAAAAUGGCCUCUUGACUUUCCUAGCCUGGUGGAACGAGUGGACCUCCCAGGCCGGGACAGUGCCCUUCCUGGGUGGGGAGGCGAGAAAGGUGGCCAAGCGGCAGGAUGGCCUGCCCCCUCCGCAGGCCACACGCCGAGAGAAAGCUCCCUGCAAGAAUUUCUUCUGGAAGACCUUCUCCUCCUGCAAGUAAAACUCGGCUCGUGAUCACUCCUGCAGGGAAGUGUAAUGAUGGACUGAAAUAAAAUGAGUUAAGCAGCAGUGACGUUUCUUCUUCUUUUUUUAAUUGUAUUGUUGUGAAAGUAUACCUAACAAAACACAAUCCAUCUCAGCAAUUUCUGCAUGUACAACAUGUCCAGUUCAGUGACAUCGGUCAUAUUCUUCAAGUUGUGCACUCCUGGUAACCACUACUAAUCUUUGGUUCUAUAUAUUUGCUUAUUUCAUAUAAGUGAGACUGACUUAUUUCACUCAGCAUAAAGUUUUCAAGGUUUAUCCAUGUUGCGGCAUAUGCGUGAGGACUUCGUUUAUUGAUAGCUGAGUAAUAUUCCAUUGUGUGUAUGAACCACACUUUAUUCAUUCAUCUGUUGAUGGACAUUUUGGUUGUUCCCUCCCACCUUUUGGCUAUUGUUAAAGUGCUGCAGUGGAUGUUGGUGUACAGGCUUCUGUUUGUGUUGCUUCCUUCACUUUUUCUGGGUUCUUAUAGAAUUGGGAUUCCUGGGUCCAUUCCUUCACACAUGCUAUCUUUUCUUUCCCAUGUAAUUUGAAACAUACUUUUAAUUUAAACUUGAGUAACACUCCAAAAUGACAGUGUCUAGAGUAAUUUGGAGCCCAAAGUGAACAUUUUUUAUUAAAAUUUUCAUAGCUUUUAAAUUUUUAAUGAUGUCUUUUCUACACAGUGCUAUCUCUUUCUUACCUUCUUUAGUUCGGUUAAUAAAGCAUUUUGCUUGUACCUGGUGGAAAAAAAAAUUUUUUUGUAGCUUUACUACUUCCAUCCUCAGUGCAGCCAUUGGGAAGCUUUUAUCUCCAUCCUCCUUUCUUCGAUGUAAAAUAGCUAAAGGCUACAUGUUUCAGAGUUCAGUAUAACAUCUUAGUUUAUUUUGAUGUACAGUGUCUAAUUUAAAAAAUAUUUUCCUCACAUUAAAAGCAAAUUUUCUUUCACAUUGUGCUCAAAGAGCAGAAUGAUUAUUCCCCGUGUUUUAACUAAAAUGAAUUUUAAAUAAAUGUUAUGCUAUUGAACAGAUACCAGCCUCAUGCUGAUGUGCUUAAAGAGGAACAUUCAAACCUGCCGUUAGGAAAUGCCCAUUUUGAUUAGAGUCCUUAUGUUAAUUUCUUAUAAUUAUUUUCAUGGAGCUUCAAACUUGCUCUGUGAGGACUGAAGUCUACUUCUAAGAGUUUUUUGUUGUUAGUUGCAGUUGAGUCUGUUCUGACUCAUGGCAACCCCACGUGUGCAGAAUAGAACUGCUCUGUAGGGUUUUGAAGGCUGUGACCUUUUGGAAGCAGAUUGCCAGGUCUGUCUUCUGAAGCACCUUUGGGUGGGUUCAAACUGCCAACCUUUUGGCUAGUACGCAAGUACUUAAAUGUUUGUGCCACCCAAACCCAAACCAAACCCACCGCUGUUGAGUCAAUUCUAACUCACAGCGACCCUAUAGGGAAGACAACUGCCCCAUAGGGUUUUCAAGGCUGUAAUCUUUACUGGAGCAGACUGCCACAUCUUUCUCCCACGGAACAGCUGGUAGGUUCGAACCAUUGAUCAUUUGGUUAGCAGCUGAGGGCUUUAACCACUGCACCACCCAGGGACUCCUUAUAAAAGUAUUAUCCCAAACCAAACACAAUGAUCAGUGCUGUUGCCCUCCCUGUAGCCUGCCUACAUCAAAGUGCAGUCUGUCCCAAGUAUCCAGACUUCGUUCAGUGAUAAGUAGAUACGUGUUGUGUAUAUAAUUGUCAUAUUA